AAGGAGGAUAAAUUAUAAAGGAAAAAGCAACAAUCGCGAUCGCUUUCGUGUUUGGGUCAGAGAGUCAUUUGGAAGGGAGAGAAAUCAAGCGAGUAUGGUUUGGUUUGAGGGUUGAGGACGAUCCUUUCCCUUUACAAUUUGGCUUGUUCAUCCCUUUUGUUCUUCUUCUCCAACGCCUCCAACAAGCCACGACUCUCCAUUUUUUUUUUAUUACUACAUAUAUUCCUGAUCUAUUUUUGUUUGGAACAUAAAUCUGAUUAUAGGGGAUCUCAUGGCCACCACUGGAAACAAGAACAUCAAUGCUAAAUUAGUUCUACUUGGGGAUGUUGGGGCUGGAAAGUCUAGUCUUGUGUUGCGCUUUGUUAAAGGGCAAUUUGUUGAAUUUCAGGAAUCAACCAUUGGUGCAGCUUUUUUCUCCCAGACAUUGGCUGUGAAUGAUGCAACUGUAAAGUUUGAGAUUUGGGAUACAGCUGGUCAAGAAAGGUAUCAUAGCUUGGCACCAAUGUAUUACAGAGGAGCUGCGGCUGCAAUCAUUGUGUAUGAUAUAACAAAUCUAGCAUCAUUUGAGAGAGCCAAAAAAUGGGUCCAAGAACUUCAAGCCCAAGGCAAUCCUAAUAUGGUAAUGGCACUUGCUGGGAACAAAGCUGAUUUACUAGAUGCAAGGAAGGUGGCAGCAGAGGAAGCACAAACUUAUGCUCAGGAGAAUGCUCUUUUCUUCGUGGAAACUUCUGCAAAGACUGCAUCCAAUGUCAAUGACAUUUUCUAUGAAAUAGCUAAAAGAUUACCUCGAGUGCAGCCAGCACAAAAUCCUGCUGGAAUGGUUCUCAUGGAUAGACCUGCAGAUCGGACAGCAAGUGCAUCUUGUUGCUCUUAGGCUGUGGUGGUUGUUUCCCUCCUGUAUCUUCCAAGUAUCUCUUGUAAUACUCUCUGCAAUCAAAGUUUAUCUUCCUUACUUUACCUUGUUUGUGUACUGUUCAUUCAGAAUUGUACAUGUUUGUUCUCUUGACCCUUUGAUAUCAUUAUCAACCCGUUUUUAUUGUGUUGUAGAUUGGUUUUUCUUGUAAUCAAAGUGUGGUAAUGGUAUUUCAGUUCCAUAGUAA